AUGAGCACCUCAAAAACACCAGAGGCGGUGGGCGUCUCGCCUAUCGAAGUUGACAACCAGGUUGAAAGGACAACCACCGAGGAUAAAACGGACGAAAAGAUCCCAGCACAAGAUCGUGAUUAUGCCGGUGCUGUUACCAAUUUAUCUCCUGAGGAAAUCAGGCUCGUCCGAAAGCUUGACUGGCGUAUUAUGCCGAUGUUGACAUUCAUGUAUUUUCUCAACUACAUCGAUAGGAACACGCUCGCCCAGGCCCGACUAAACAAUCUGGAAAAAGAACUUGGCAUGCACGGCACUCAGUUUAACACUACGAUUUCCAUCCUAUUCGUUGGAUACGUUCUCACCCAAGUUCCGAGUAAUAUGCUUAUCACUAGGGUGCCGCCGAGCAUAUAUAUGAGUGCCUGGAUGCUAGUGUGGUCUGUAGUUUCUGUCGUACGCUGGGAUGGUGGUAUGCCGGUUCCUUCUUGGGAUCACGGAAGCUCCCAGGUUGCCGCUCGAAUUGCAAUGCUCUAUGCUGCCCAGAUCCUGGCAACCGGUUUCGCGGGGUUGAUCGCCGCAGGCGUAUUCUCUGGUCUUGAUCAAGUACGGGAACUAUCAGGAUGGCGAUGGUUGUUUAUUAUCGAAGGCUCUGUCUCAGCCGCCGUUGCGAUUGCUGGCUUUUGGCUACUUCCAAACACUCCGCUGACGACUCGAUGGUUGAAGUCUAAGGAACGCGAACUCGCACACGACCGAAUUCAAAGGGAUAAGAUGGGGUUACCAGAAAAGGCCUCAACGAUGGAGGGCCUAAAGCAGGCAGUCAGAGACCCCCGAACGUGGAUCUUUUGCUUGAUGCAGAAUUUCCAUCUGUCCGCUUGCGGGUUUAACAGUUUCUUCCCAACCGUGGUCAAGACCCUGGGGUUUAGCACAACAGUCACCCUAGUGUUGACAUGUCCACCUUUCCUUUUUGCCGGAGCUGCGGGUAUUCUCUUCGGAUAUACAUCUGGACGGUUCCAUGAGCGUACCUGGCAUAUCACCGCGGGGCUUACAACCGCUAUCAUCGGAUUUGUGAUUGCUGCUUCGACUCUCAACACCGCAGGUCGCUAUGUUGCCUGUUUCAUCUUCCCGAUCGGUGCCUAUUCGGUUAACUCAGUCAUCAUCGGCUGGGCUUCAUCAACAUUAUCUCAGACCCGUGAGAAACAAGCUGUCGUCCUUGCUAUGACGAAUGUCGGCGGACAGAUAGGAUAUAUAUACGGGGCGUACGUCUGGCCGGACUCCGACUCGCCCAGAUAUGGCAUCGGCUUUGGCGCAUCUGCUGGCUUCGCCCUUUGCUCCAUCCUCUGUGCCUGGUGGAUGAGAUAUCUUCUUAAAAAGGAGAACAAGCGACUGAGGGAGAAUGCGACUGCAACCACCAACUUUUAUGGAUAUUAA